AAAUCUUAACUACGUUUUUUCCUCCCAAAAAGAAACGCAAUUUUUUUUCUUCAAUCUGCCCACCAACCCCACAUGCACAGCCGUACAUCAGAAAAUUUCAGCCCAGAUCAAAGCCGUCCAUUCCCAAAACAAACACCAAUCACAAGAUCUCAAAUAAUCCAACGGCUAAUAAUAGUCUUCUAGAACCUUCCCUCUCUUCAUUCUCCGUUAUAUCUGCCCCCAUCAUCAAGAGUGCUUGUGCUCAGCUCGUGUCAAUCGCGUGGUGUGUAGGGUUUUUAUUCUCAUUUAACUGAAGUCGACAAAAGUACUGCACUCAGAAAGAAAUCAGAGAAAAUGACGAAGUGUUACCCCACUGUGAGCGAGGAAUACAAGAAGGCCGUUGAAAAGGCUAAGAGGAAGCUCAGAGCUCUCAUCGCUGAGAAGAACUGUGCUCCAAUCAUGCUCCGUUUAGCGUGGCAUUCAGCUGGAACUUUUGAUGUUAAGACCAAGACCGGAGGUCCAUUCGGAACCAUGAAGCAUCCUGAGGAGCUCGCACAUGGUGCUAACAACGGUCUAGAUAUUGCCGUCAGGCUUCUCGAGCCGAUCAAGGAGCAGUUUCCUAUCCUCUCGUACGCUGACUUUUAUCAGCUUGCUGGUGUCGUCGCUGUUGAGGUCACAGGUGGACCUGAAAUUCCCUUCCAUCCCGGAAGAGAGGACAAACCUCACCCACCACCUGAGGGCCGUCUUCCUGAUGCUACCAAGGGUGCUGAUCACUUGAGGCAGGUCUUUGGUAAUCAAAUGGGUCUUAGCGACCAGGACAUUGUUGCUCUUUCUGGUGGCCACACCCUGGGACGGUGCCACAAAGAGAGGUCUGGAUUUGAGGGACCAUGGACUACUAACCCUCUUAUCUUUGACAACUCUUACUUUAAGGAGCUUUUGUCUGGAGAGAAGGAAAACCUUCUUCAGCUGCCAACUGACAAAGUUCUCCUUUCUGACCCAGUUUUCCGUCCAUUGGUUGAUAAAUACGUAGCUGAUGAGGACGCCUUCUUUGCUGAUUACACUGAAGCUCACCUGAAGCUCUCUGAGCUAGGAUUUGCUGAUGCGUAAGCUGGUGGUUGCAAAACAGGAUGAAGCCAACAACAUUUGCCUCCACAAAUGUAUUGGGUUUAUAAUGUCUCAAAAGUUAAUAGGCAAUUGUUGCUUGAAGAAUUUUGGAGGUUUCAUGGUUUUAUUUUGUUGAACUGAAUUUGGGAAGUUUGGUUGGUUAUUCACGUACUUAGCUUUCAAGUUUGCUUUCUUGGGGAAUGAUUCAUAAAUGAUUGGUUAUUGGCUUAAUGCUGGAUC